ACCUUUAUAGUAAACAGUGGCCUACGUGAGCGCGGAAUUGGAAUGGGAGCGCGCAUCAACCGAAGGGCUUGGCAGGUAAAGACUGGCAGCUAAUCCCAGGCCUAGGACUUGGUGAUGGGUCGGUGUAAGAGAGUUUCCCUCUGGUUGGUGGAGGAUGUGAGUGUCUGGGCCCAGGAACGGUACCCUUCCCAGCUGAGCACCUUAAGACCAGCCAUCCUCAAACAUGCCAUAUCAGGCCGUGCCCUGUUGAGGCUGAGGCAACAUCACCUAGAGAAGCUGGGAGUGGACCCAGGAGAGCACCGCAGCGUCCUGGAAGACAUCCUCCUGCUCAGGGUCCAGGAGGAACUGGAGAACCUCAAUGACAUCUACUCCGAAUGUUUUUCUUCCUAACAGAAGGAAAGGAGGAACCAUGGAUGUCUGUGGAGAGAGAGACACCAACAGAGAGAGUGCAUGUAGAAGGGGAGAGAGAAAGAGCGACGGAGAAGAGAGGAUAGAGAGAUGUGAGGAAGAAAAAUUAUUUGCUCUCAGGAAUCAUUGACCUGAAGAGGAGAGGACCAGAUUGGUUUUGUCACGCUGCAGUUUCCUCUGACAUGGGUGUGAAUCAAGACCUCUUUUCACUCCCCUCCCUGGACCCCUCCCUGCCCUCUUCUCCCCUUCUCCGCUCAUUUUCACCUCUCCUUUCUCCCCUGCCCCUGCUUCUGCUCCUUUUCCUGUCUCCUUUCCUUCCUUUUCUCCACCCUUCUCCGACUCAAUACUCUGUGGCAUCUGAAACUGUAAGAAAAAACACAUUUUCCAAGCCAGCAGUACCCUAAACACAUUCUCGUACGGACUGGAAGUUUACCGGUUAAAAUCCUAGAUUAAAUCUUGGUCAGUGAGUUUAAUACAAAAACAAAGUUGUCAUUUAGCUGACAUUUGAUUGGUUGGUCUUGGCAGAGAGAGAGGGAGAUAAAUAGAGAGAGUGAGAUAGAGAGUGAGAGAGAUAGAGCGGUGGUUAAGAUGAGUUGUAGAGAGUCAUAGAUUGUUUGUCUUUUAUGCUAUUCACACUGACUGACUGAAACUGAUUUUGCAAUCUUUGUGAGAGUUUUUAUUAUGCUUCGAUAUUUGUUUGUGAGAUUUAUUUUCUGUCUGUUGCAAACUGUGUGAUGACAGACAGGCCUGAAUUGUACAAAGGCAGAACAGAUUCCCAGUCUUCAAAUACCCUCAUCAUUUUUUCACAUUUACAUUUUUAGUCAUUUAACAGACGCUCUUAUCCAGAGUGACUUACAGUAAGUACAGAAACAUUCG